GGGCUGUUUGCGGUGUGGGGAGGGGGGUUCGCUAUGUCGGAUGACGAUUCGAGGGCCAGCACCAGCUCCUCCUCAUCUUCGUCCUCCAACCAGCAAACCGAGAAGGAAACAAACGCCCCCAAGAAGAAGGAGAGUAAAGUCAGCAUGAGUAAAAACUCCAAGCUCCUCUCCACCAGCGCCAAGAGGAUCCAGAAGGAGCUGGCGGACAUCACCCUGGACCCUCCGCCUAACUGCAGGUGAGCCUCCUCCCUCGGUGGCCCGGCCGGUCGCGGUGACGCUUGGUCUUGCGCAGCCUGAGCUCUCCUGGGCGAGGAGAAGCCCUGUGCGCAGAAACCCAG